AAGAAGAAGAAGAAGAAGAAGAAGAAGAAGAAGAAGAAGAAGAAGAAGAAAGCCGUCAACACACUAACAGUAGGGGAACUAUGGCAAAUGACAAGAGUCCUCUUGGCCAGCUCAAGGACCUGGUGGAGCUGAAGGACCAGCUGGAAGACAUUCAGAGACGGAUGGAGGAUGAGAUACAGGCUGGAGUUCCUCCAGGAGGCAGUCUGCUGGCUUCUCCUUUCCUGAAGGGUUUUCUGGCCGGGUACAUUGUUGCAAGGCUACGCUCCUCAGCGUUAAUGGGUGUUGCCGUAGGAACGUGUACAGGAAUCUAUGCAGCACAAAACUACUCCGUUCCCAACAUUGAAAAUACCGUCAAAGACUACAUACGCAACCUGAGAGGCGGACAAAAAUGAAUUGAGAGGAGGAAAACUCCAAGGAGACAUGGAAGGAUGGUGGAGGACAUCUACAAGAGGAGGUUGCCAGUACAGCUGCAUACGGGAACAGAUUCAAAAGAGAAAAACCUAAUUGUAGAAAGUUAUUUUCUAGGUGAGUAAAAUAGUUCUAAAGUAGAAAGCCAAUUUAAGAGUAAGUUUGUUUUUUUUUUUUGAUUGAGUUCAGAAUGGGUGACAGCAAUAUAUUUUUAUAGAAACUGAGCAAAUUGAUUUGCAUGUAGAAAGGAUUUCAACUCAGUUACAGGAGACUCCAUAUUUUGUUCUAAUGUGGUCACUGCUUAAAAAUUUAAAGUGCUGUGUUUAAUAGAAUCAUUGUACCAGUGUAAUUGAUUUUUAACCACAACCCUCUUAGGGUUUCCAUUGAAAAAUUGGUGCCGGUCCAGAAAUUCUGGUUAAAUAUUGUCUGUGUUUAUGGACCAUAUUUUCCCAAGUGACAAACAGGGACGCAGAUUUUUAAAAUUCAUCCAGUAUUGAGCGAGAGCGCUGUUAUUUCAUCCCUCUGGGUGCCCCAUCAAUGUUUUUGCCACUGACAGGCUCAGAUUAUUAUUCUAAGUGUCUGACAACAUUAAGGAUGGAUCCCUAUAAAGAUGGACCUUUUUGUUAAAGAGAAAGAUCUUUUUUGUUUAACCAGGAACAGCUGCUGUAUUGCUCUCACCAAAGCCACCAGACUCCAUUUACAGAAACAGAAUUUUAUCAUGUAAAACACACUUCAUUCAAACUCGAUAGUAUCGAUAUAAAACUUGCCAAACUGUUGUGGUUCGUGUUUCCACUAUUCCACUAAUCACCAACUUUGGUUGGUCGAAAUAAACCCUUAAUUCACAGAGGUAGAUGUGAAGAUAUCGGGAAAGGGGUGAGAGCGAGGGCUAACAUCAGAGAAGCAAUUUGUUUUGUUUGAAUUUUUGAAUAAUGUCACAUCUAACUCUGGAAUUAUUUUCACCUGAUAUUGUUAUUGGAGAGAUUUUAAUAUGUCAGACUUCAUCAGAUUUCUGUGUUAAAAAAAACAAAACGGGUCACAGGAUAACAAACUCUUAUCUUAUCUAACUUAUCCUGCUUGAAACCACAAUAAGUGCUUUCUGGAGAUUUGUUGAUACAAUGAGACCAACCAAUAGCCACAUGUGCUGGUCAGCUGUUCUGGCUUUUCCACAUCCUUUCUUAAGGCAGUUCUCUACAAAGAAACACACAUCUCUUUUCCUGCUUAGACUGAUUGAGAGUUUUCAUCUUUGUUGUUGUCUGCCCUCUAGUGGUCAGAACUCAAUUGUAGCAGCCUUAAUCAGUUUGCACUUGAUUUGCUCAGGGGGUGACAGAGCAAGUAAAAUAGUCUCACCUCACAUCUCAUGGUGCUCUUCAGCGUCAAAUCUGUCUAAACCCUUCAUGGUUUAUGUUAGUUUUCACAUUGUUUGCAGGUGUCAGAGCAAAGUCUGUGGUGUGGUAUGAUGUGGCAACAAGCCCCCACGAGAUUAUAGGUCAAUUCUUCACUUGGUAAAACAUUUUUUACAUUAUAGCCCUCAUCUCUGUAGAGGUUCAUGAAAAAUAACUUAAAUUACACUUGUCAGAGAUGUGUCAUUUUCAAUGUAAUUUUUUAAAAUGACUCCAAAAAUUUCACACUCCAUUGAAAAAUAAGGAAAAGUAUUCUCGAAAAGGAAUGUAAUAUUCCUCGCUGUGUUAAACCUCACACUCAAAAAAGUAUCUCAGACUUCAGUGUGGAAGAUCUGGAGAACAGCUAGCGGGCUCUCAAAUCAAAAUGUACACCAAAGGGGAUUUAGUUUGAAUUGCACUGGGGGGUUUUCACGAAACAGGGAAGUGUGUGUGUGUGUUUUAAAGUAUUUUAUGUGUGUAAAAUAUAUAUUAAGAGUGCCUACUCGGGUCUGGACUUGAUAUCAUCACAUGCCAUGAGUGCAAUUGCCUUUCCUGAUGGGAUUUGGCUGCUUAUUUCAUAUGCUGGAAACUGGUUCAUCUUUUGCACUUGUAAAACUUUUGUUUUGUCUUGCAGCCAUCAGUGAUUUUUUUUUUCUGUCCUGGAAAUACCAAACCUGUCUGCACCACGUUUUGAUGAAUUGCAAGAUGUUUUAAGAGAUUUUAACUGUAAAAUUGCUAAAUGUUAAUAUUAUGUCCACAAACAAUACCAUUGCUGCAGGAUACUAGUGUGAAACCUGAUGCAGAGAGAAACACCUGAAAGAGUAGCACACUUCGGCAGACAUGCAUUAGGAUUUUUUUCACUUUCACUUUGGUGGAUGACCUAACAAGGUUUUUUUUUUCUGCAAAAUUUUUAUUUAAACCCAAAAAUAAGGUUUCUAGCCUAAUAGCUGCCUGAAGCAAUAGUGCUACACAAAAUUAUUAUUGAAAUAUACAGUUACAUGUCACAGUAAAUUUUUACCUGAUUAAAACAUCAGUUCUUCUAAAAGUAUUCUGUGUGAUACAGGUUAACACUACAGUACACAGAUUUGAGAAGUAAAAACCUUGUUUCUCAAACUUAUUCACACAUUUUAAAACAAACAAAUUCUCAUGUAAGUUAAGAAAUCUGCACUAAGAUUGUUUUUAUAUGAGAGCAACAUGUGUUGCCCCAGAUACCGUGUUGCUGCUUUUGAAAUGAACGCACAGUGUUUCUGUACACAGUCAGGCCUGUACCAGUUAUUGGACAAAAGCCAUAACAGAGAAACAUAUCUGAGAUCACAUUGUAGUUUUUACUUUGACUGGAUGGUAUAUUAGGAAACGACAUGUACUGUAUGUUUGGUAACUGGAACCCAGAAACAACUUGUGCCUAUUGACAAUCAUUGUGUUGCUGUCUUUGUAUUGCAUGCUCUUAGUUUCUUAAUUUCCUGUCUGUUAUACUUUUGCAUGUUUUCUCUUGUUUUUAAGCAAUACCUUUCUUUAAAGAGUUGAUAUUCUGUGGAAUAUAUAAAUACGGCAGGUAAAUUGAUGUUUUAUUUCACCGGCUCAUGUGUCUCGUCGUCAUGGGUUUUCACACCUGCACAUCAGUGUGGCAGUAUUCAGCUUAACAGUUUGAAAUCUCAUUGUGAGAUUGUAAAAGAAAACCACCGAAACUGUCUUUGAGAGGUUUAUUUGGGUUGUUCAAAUAAAUGAGGAAAUACAUUUUACAGUUGUGUCACAGCUGGAGUAUUCUUGGUUUCUCAAAUGUGUGCCAAUAUUUUUAAAAUCAGUUUCUCUGAACAUGAGCCAAACAUUCAAAUAACGACAGUGUUUAUCAGAUUUUCUUUUCUAAAUUGAUGUAAAGGGGCAGUGGGCAGACCAUGUUUUCAUUGCCAAUACUCUGCUCUUCACAAAAAUGGAUUAAAUAUAUUAAUAAUUAAUCAUUAGCAUCUGCCCACACUCCAUUGAAUUGCCCCCUGGCCCAUGCUGUUAUUUUUCAGUUCACUUUGCAAACUUCCAACAUAGAAAAUUAGUUCUUUUUAGCAAACUGGCAAGGUACAAAAUUGGAAUAAAAUAACACAAGUUUAUAACACAAACUAUUCUAAAAUCCUUAACCCUUACUAGCCAUUUAAAAAACUGAAAAAUUGCAAUACCUUGCAAUAAGGUCAUACGAUGAUAGCAAGCAGAGAAAUGGUUAUAGUUAGUUAAUUUAUCAGCAGUUCAUAAAACCCAAUUAGCUUAUCAAGCACCACAAAUAUGACGGGUAUUUUAAGUUGAUGAAGUUGUAGCAAAGUCAUGAUUUAGACUUGACCGUUGCUGGUCUCUGGAGGAGAUUUCAUCCGCUUCAUUUAACCA